AAGUUCUACAAGUUCAUCCUAACGAAGAAUUUUGACGCGCUGAGCUGUAGAAGUGGCGGCGCCCAGCCCUCCCUCAUUAACGUGAUGAUGGACCUUAAGAAGUGCUGCAAUCAUCCCUACCUCUUUCCAUCUGCUGCUGAGGAUGCGCCUCGUUUACCCAACGGAGCCUUUGAGGGUUCAGCUUUGCGCAAGGCCUGUGGCAAGCUUGAGCUUCUCUCCGCAAUGUUGCAGAAACUGAAAGCUGGUGGCCAUCGGGUUCUUAUCUUCUCCCAAAUGACCAAGAUGCUGGAUCUAUUAGAGGACUUUCUCGAAGCAGAAGGGUACAAGUUUGAGCGCAUUGACGGCAAUGUGACGGGUCAGCAGAGGCAGGAUGCUAUUGAUCGGUUUAAUGCAAUCGAUUCUGCGUCAUUUGUGUUUUUGUUAUCAACAAGAGCUGGUGGCCUGGGCAUUAACCUGGCUACGGCAGAUACGGUGAUCAUCUAUGACUCUGAUUGGAAUCCCCACAAUGACAUACAGGCCUUCUCACGAGCACACCGAAUUGGCCAAGCGAACAAAAUCUUCCUAUUUAUUGAUGCAUCAGCAGCCAAGAUUGAGCUGCAAAGGGACGUUGGCGCCAAAAACUCAUUUUUGGCUGGUAUUAUUUGCAAGGUGAUGAUCUACCGCUUUGUAACACGAGCCACGGUGGAGGAGCGAGUGACACAAGUGGCAAAGAAGAAGAUGAUGCUCACUCAUCUUGUGGUGCGGCCUGGUCUGGGCGGCAAGGGCGCCAGUCAGAUGUCCAAGAAGGAGCUCGACGAUAUUCUCAAGUUUGGCACGGAGGAUCUCUUCAAACACGAAGACAAUGAUGGUAAAAGUAGCUUACAUGUCCUUUUAUUUGUGAUAAAGGGAACAAUGUAA